CCUCCGGAAAAAGACACGAAAUCUCUGACUAUAGUUUGACUUUGUGUCUUCUGUCUAUGACUGAAACCGAUCAAAAACUUGCAUUGUCCAUGCUGUACUCUUCCAGUCUGUAACUGAUCUCCACUCUUCUAGGCCUCCCUUUCCACCAAAAUGGUCUUCGCAGUAUCCAAAACCUCUUCCGGCCGCGAAUACAAGGUGAGGGACAUGUCUCAGGCAGACGUCGGUCGCCUGGAGAUUGACCUUGCCGAGGUGGAGAUGCCGGGGCUCGUGUCCUGCCGCUCCGAGUUCGGCCCGUCCCAACCCCUCUCAGGUGCCCGCAUCACAGGGUCCCUGCACAUGACCAUCCAGACCGCCGUCCUCAUCGAGACCCUCACAGCCCUCGGCGCCGAGGUCCGUUGGUGCUCCUGCAACAUCUUCUCCACGCAGGACCAUGCUGCUGCCGCCAUCGCCCGCGACUCUGCCCCCGUUUUCGCUUGGAAGGGCGAGACCCUCGAGGAGUACUGGUGGUGCACUGAGAAGGCCCUCGACUGGGGCCCCGGCGGUGGCCCCGACCUUAUCGUCGACGACGGUGGGGACGCGACUCUUUUGAUCCACGAGGGCCUGAAUGCCGAGGAGGAGUAUGAGAGGAGUGGGAGGCUGCCGGACCCAACGUCGGCGGGCGAAAAUGCCGAGUUUCGGAUUGUGUUGGGGAUACUCAGGGAAGGAUUGUUGGCGGACCCCAAGAGGUAUAGGAUGAUGAAGGAGAGGUUGGUCGGAGUCUCGGAGGAGACCACCACUGGGGUUAAGAGGCUGUACCAGAUGCAAGCCAACGGGACCUUGUUGUUCCCUGCCGUUAAUGUCAAUGAUUCUGUUUUCAAGAGCAAGUUCGAUAACUUGUAUGGUUGUCGCCAUUCACUCCCUGAUGGUCUCAUGAGGGCUACUGAUGUCAUGAUUGCUGGCAAGAUUGCUGUUGUUUGUGGGUAUGGAGAUGUUGGCAAGGGUUGUGCUGCUGCUCUCAAGCAGGCUGGUGCUCGUGUGAUUGUGACUGAAAUUGAUCCAAUUUGUGCUCUUCAAGCCCUUAUGGAAGGCAUUCCAGUCCUAACCCUUGAAGAUGUUGUCUCAGAAGCUGACAUUUUUGUGACCACCACAGGGAACAAGGACAUCAUCAUGGUUCACCACAUGAAGAAGAUGAAGAACAAUGCAAUUGUAUGCAACAUUGGCCAUUUUGACAAUGAGAUUGAUAUGCAUGGUCUGGAAACUUACCCUGGUAUAAAGUGCAUCACAAUCAAGCCACAGACUGAUCGCUGGCUCUUCCCGGAAACCAAUCAUGGUAUCAUUGUUCUUGCUGAAGGGCGGCUCAUGAAUUUGGGUUGUGCAACUGGGCAUCCCAGCUUUGUUAUGUCCUGCUCUUUCACAAACCAGGUGAUUGCUCAGCUUGAACUGUGGAACGAGAGGGGAACUGGAAAGUAUGAGAAGAAGGUAUAUGUGCUGCCCAAGCAUUUGGAUGAGAAGGUCGCAGCCCUUCAUCUUGGAAAACUUGGGGCUAAGCUUACCAAGCUUACCCCUGCUCAAGCUGCAUACAAUAGUGUCCCUGUUGAAGGUCCUUACAAGCCCCCCCACUACAGAUACUGAGAAAGAAAGCAGCCGGGAGUUGCUUAUUUCUAUUAUUGAUAUGGUUUUGGUUGAAGUGGUAGCUUUGGGUGUCAAAGUUGUACAGAGUUUCGACAAAUGAGUCAUUCUAAUGAGUGCGUCGUUUGUUUUGUGACUUUUGUCCAUCCAUGUUCCCUUGGCAUCUGAAGGUAUGGGCUGCUUA